AUGAACAACUUCUCGACAUUCCUAUUCUUCUUACUUCUUUUGGCUUUUUUGAGCCUUGGAUCUGCUCAGAACCUCCCAUAUGUGCUUCCAGAUGGAGACCUCUACGGUUAUGUCAAUACCAAUUUGCAGAAUCUUGAUGAUUUUUUGAAGAGCCUCGGAAAACCACUUUCGAACAAUUCCAGAAUAACUGAUAAAUGCAGAGAGAAUCCAUAA